AUGGGUCAAACUAGUGAUCUCGCAGCAUCUGCAGCGUUUAUGGAGGAUAUGGAGAGGCGGUCUAAUUUUACACAACCAGAACUGGAACGCCUCAAGAAGCGGUUUAUGAAACUAGAUGUCGACGGCUCUGGGUCAAUCGAUCGAGAAGAAUUCCUCCAACUACCACAGAUAGCAACAAAUCCCCUCGCCUCUCGCAUGAUUGCGAUUUUUGACGAAGAUGGAGGAGGCACUGUUGACUUCCAAGAGUUUGUGGGGGGCUUAAGCGCUUUUAGCAGUCGAGGGGGUCGGGAGGAGAAAUUACGCUUUGCAUUCAAGGUAUACGAUGUGGAUCGGGACGGCUAUAUUUCCAAUGGGGAGCUCUUUCUGGUUCUGAAGAUGAUGGUGGGCAACAACCUCAAGGACCAGCAACUGCAGCAAAUAGUCGACAAGACAAUCAUGGAGGCUGAUCAGGAUGGAGAUGGCAAGCUAAGCUUCGAGGAGUUCUCGCAGAUGGUGUCGAAUACGGACAUUGUCAAGCAAAUGACAUUAGAAGACUUAUUUUGA